UUACUCUUUGCUGAUAUAGCCUAGUGCACUCAACUGUCAUGCACUAUAUAGGGAUUAGAGAAUGAGUGAACAAGUGAGUGAUAUCGGACAGAGCAAGAGAGUCAGCAAUGAGGGUCUAUUCGACUCUGAAUCUAGAGUUAUUCAGAAUCAACUAUUUUGGACUCACUAACUUUUAUGUCUGUUUUCACAACCCCACACCUGUGUUUUUUAUAUGAUUGCUGAGAUCAAUGGACAUGUUGCAGAUCCUCAGUGGUGUUACUGGCAUCUCUUCGCCCAGGUAAAGAUGUCUCAGGUGAAGCAGGUUGGCCUGUUGGCCGCUGGAUGCCAGCCCUGGAACAAAGACGUGUGUGCUGCCAGUGGGGACAGGUUUGCGUAUUGUGCCACGCUUGCCAUAUAUGUGUACCAACUUGAUCACAGAUAUAAUGAAUUUAAGCUGCAAGCAAUCAUGUCUGAACACAAAAAGACAAUCACAGCUAUAUCGUGGUGUCCACUCAACCCUGAGGUGUUUGCCAGUGCUAGCGCUGAUAACCUGCUCAUCAUCUGGAAUGUAGCUGAGCAAAAGGCGGUUACACGGCUUGACAACACCAAAGGUAUCCCAGCUUCUCUAAGCUGGUGCUGGAAUGCAGGUGAUAGCAUUGCGUUUGUAUCCCACCGGGGUCCUCUGUAUAUAUGGACCAUCUCUGGGCCAGACCUAGGAGUCACAGUGCACAAGGAGGCUCACAGUUUCCUCUCAGAUAUCUGCCUGUUCCGCUGGCAUCCACUGAAGAAGGGAAAAGUGGUAUUUGGACACACUGAUGGCAGUUUGUCCAUUUUUCAACCAGGCUCAAAGAAUCAGAAGCAUGUACUGCGUCCCGAGUCAUUAGAAGGCACAGAUGAAGAGGACCCCAUCACAGCUCUAGAGUGGGACCCUCUCAGCACAGACUACCUGCUGGUGGCCAACAUGCACAAUGGCAUCAGACUGCUGGACUCUGAAUCUCUAUCCUGCAUCACAACCUUUAGUUUCCCCAGUGCUGCUGCCUCUGUGCAAUGCCAUAAAAUUUGUGGCGUUUGCUCAUGUCAUGUAAACUUCUUAGUCCUUACUCUAAUUAAUUGAAGUAAGCAGAUUAUUGGUGCACAAGUAAACAUAGUCAAUGUUGUCAUCUCUCUUUUAGCCUUUAGCUCGAAUUCCCCUUCCAAGAAUCACUACACCUCCUCCACUAGCGAGGCUGUGCCUCCACCUACUCUUUCGCAGAACCAGGCCUUCUCCCUCCCACCCGGCCACGCUGUCUGCUGUUUCAUGGAUGGGGGGGUUGGACUAUAUGAUAUGGGCACCAAAAAGUGGGACUUCCUUCGGGAUCUGGGUCAUGUUGAAACCAUCUUUGACUGCAAAUUCAAGCCAGAUGACCCAAACCUUCUAGCUACAGCUUCAUUUGAUGGGACUAUAAAAGUUUGGGAUAUAAACACCUUAACUGCUGUGUACACAUCUCCGGGAAAUGAGGGAGUGGUUUACUCGCUGUCGUGGGCCCCUGGAGACUUGAACUGCAUAGCAGGAGCCACAUCAAGGAACGGUGCCUUCAUUUGGGAUGUAAAAAAAGGAAAAAUAAUCACAAGAUUUAAUGAGCAUGGGAAGAAUGGUAUUUUUUGCGUUGCCUGGAGCCAUAAAGAUUCCAAAAGAAUAGCCACAUGCAGUGGUGAUGGAUUUUGUAUAAUUCGAACCCUUGAUGGCAAAGUGUUGCACAAAUACAAUCAUCCAGCAGCAGUAUUUGGCUGUGAUUGGAGUCAAAAUAACAAAGAUAUGAUUGCCACUGGCUGUGAAGACAAGAAUGUUCGAGUCUAUUAUUUGGCCACCAGUUCAGACCAGCCACUAAAAGUCUUUACAGGUCACACGGCCAAAGUAUUCCAUGUGCGUUGGUCACCUCUCAGAGAGGGCAUACUGUGCAGCGGCUCAGAUGAUGGGACUGUCCGUAUCUGGGAUUAUACCCAAGAUGCCUGCAUUAACGUGCUGAGUGGCCAUACCGCUCCAGUACGGGGUCUCAUGUGGAAUACAGAGAUUCCGUACCUUUUGACCUCUGGGAGCUGGGACUACACCAUCCGUGUCUGGGACACCAGAGACGGCACCUGUCUAGACACUGUAUAUGACCAUGGAGCUGAUGUCUAUGGUCUGACAUGUCACCCCAGCCGUCCGUUCACCAUGGCUUCCUGCUCCAGAGACUCUACGGUCAGACUUUGGUCACUCACUCCUCUAAUUGCUCCCUUAGUGGUCAACAUCCUUACUGACCACAGCUGGGAUGACAUCAUUGGCAACACAGAUCGUGCCAUGGUGCCUGGAGCUCCUCCCCUCCUAUGUGGAAAAAUGUCCAAAGAUAUCAAACAGGAGCUGGAUAAACUCUCUAGUGACGUCCGCAUGAAGAAGCUCAGAUGGUUCUCUGAGUGUUUCUCACCACCAGGUGGGAGUCAUAACCUUUGGGAUCUGGUUGCUGUAAUCAACGGACAGGAUGAUAGUCUUCUUCCACAGAACUAUGGACAGGGCAUCAUGCAUAUGAAACAUCUGGUCCGCUUCAAAACUUCUGAAGCACAGGAGCUAACUAUAGUAAAGAUGUCAAAGUUUGGGGGUGGUAUUGGAGCGCCUAGUAAAGAGGAAAGGCUCAAGAAUGCAGCAGAAAUCCAUAUCAGACUUGGUCAAAUCCAGAGAUACUGUGAGCUUAUGGUGGAACUAGGAGAGUGGGAGAAGGCUCUUUCUGUGGCCCCUGGUGUCUCCAUGAAAUACUGGAAAAAGCUCAUGCAAAGAAGAGCAGACCAGCUUAUGCAAGAAGGCAAUGAUGAUGUCAUCCCGUACUGCAUCGCCACUGGUGAAGUGAAAAAGUUGGUGAAUUUCUUCACUUCUAGAGGUCAGCUGAAAGAAGCUGUGCUGGUGGCUCAGGGUGCUUGUGAGGGCAAUAUCCAUGGUCCUCAGAUCACAUCAACAAACUCAGACAAUGAUAGCAUAGAGAAAUACUGUGGGAUGUUGCACAGAGUGUGUAAAGACCUGGCCGAGUGGUAUUUCCAAGAUGGCCAUGCUGUUUUGGCUGCUUGCUGCCAUCUAGCUGUAGACAACGCAGAAGGCCCGGUGCUGGGAGUCCUUGUCAUCGCAGAUCGCCAGCUUGAUCCAGUUAACUGCCCGGUCGGUUCAGUGCUAGAGUUCUUGCAGGCUAGAUUCUCUGCAGGGUUGACCCACUCCACCCUGAAUGUGUACGUUGUGGCUAUAACUGCUUACCACGCCCCUCUCGGUGGUCAGUCUGUGGGAAGACACCCCCUGGUUGCACGUUUCCUCUGCGUUACGUGGAGGUUGAGGCCUCCCGUACGACCUCAUGUUCCACCAUGGGACCUGGCCUUGGUCCUGGAGGCUCUCUGUAAACCUCCGUUCGAACCUAUUGAGGAGGUUUCAGAUCGAGUUCUGACACUUAAGACUGUCUUCUUGCUAGCCAUCACUUCACUGAAGAGAGUCAGAGAUGUGCAGGCCUUACGUUUGUCCACUUUUCCCCUGUACUUUACUCAUGCUGAAUUGGGUCUUCUACUCCCCAGGGAUCUUGCUGCCAGAUUACUCCAAAUGAUCCCUGAUAAUGAGACCUUGUUAGCCAAACUGUGUGCCUUCUACCCUGGCAGCUCUGCUGAAAUCAACGACCUGCACGAAAAGUGUGGUCUACCGACUUUAGAGGAAUGUAAAGAACUUGCUGAAAGUGCACAUGCAGAGGGAGAAAUCUUUCAAGCAGUAAAGUAUUACCUCCUGAGCCCAGAACCAGAAAAAGCUCUUCCCAUUGGGAUCAUGUAUCUCAAAGAGCAGCUGAGCUCUACUGACUGGACAGUGGACUCUGUGUACCACAUCCUAGACCUGCUGAGCUACAUCAGAACAGACCGUCUUAUUCUUCCAAAGAGUAGUGAAGAACGCAAUGAGUUGCUUAUUCUCUGUGGGUAUAUUGGUGCACUAUUAGCCAUUGGGAGACAGUAUUCAAGGAUAGUGCCAGCACUGUAUGAAUACACAAGUCAGCUGCUGAAGCGGAGAGAAGUGGCUGUGCCAUUGCAGAUAGAGCAGUUGUCCAUAGAGUUGGAUGCCUGGAGAGCCUGCACACAAUCCCUCAAAGUGGCAGAUGACACCUCUUACACUCCACCAUCUGAGGCCCAGAAAACGGAGUACAGCCAGCUGUUGAGUCGAAUGAGAGAGGAGCCCGUCAAGGGCCUAGAGGGUCCCGACUAUGUCACUGGCUCUAACUUGCCCAGCCACUCUGAUGUCCAGAUUUCUUGCUUCACUGGCCUCAGGAUACAGGGUCCAGCAUUCUUCCUAGAAGACGGCAAAUCAGCCAUUUCACUAAAUGAUGCCCUGAUGUGGGCAAAAGUAAACCCUUUCUCUCCGUUGGGGACGGGUAUACGCCUCAACCCCUUCUGAGCACAAAUACAACAAAUGUGAGCAGUAUUCUUGCUGGUCUGGCUCUGGAAAGGCGUCAACAUUCCCGUUUUCUCUCAGAAAGCUUUCAGAAUUGACCACGUUGUUCAAAUCAACAUUAUUUGAGGCUUUGCCAUUCCAUUGUGCUUAUUUCAUUCAGGAUUGCAGCUUAUAUGCAAAGAAUGAGCAAAAGCGAGAGUGCUGAUGUAGUGAAUAUACAGUACACAAGGCCAACAGCACAAUUGUGAUGAUAUUUAUUUUAUACAACAGUUCAGUAAACAAGAAGUUAAUAUCAAGCAAUGCUAAGUAACUUUUUUUUUUUUUUAAAGAAGGCAAAUGGAUUUUGACAAGCAACACAGAGACUGAUUCACUAUAAACAUAGGCAAGCAGAGCGAUAUGUACAGUAAACAAAAACAUGUUAAUUUGAUGCAGGCCAAUCAAAUUAGAGCACCACAGCUAACUGUUGUAUAAAGAGAGAUUUAUGCUAGAUACAGUAAUGAAUGUUACAUCAACAAUGAAUGUUAGCAGGAUAUGUAAUGCCUUUCUUUCUCAUCCUAAAACAUAAGCAGGUUCAGGUAUUUAGGUUUAGAUGUCAUGUUCAGGUCUUAAGGUUGAGAUCUAUAGCCCAAAGAUUGUAAUUCUAGGUGGUACUGUCACUGGUAUUAUGGAGUAUGAGCAUUUUCAUCAUGCAGCCUGAAUGUUCUGUAGAUCUAGACAUUUUUUAAUUCAACACUUACAAGGUAUUCAUCUUUUGAUGUUUGCGUAUUUGAUUUCAUGCUGCUUUGACAUUGAAACAGUUUGAUGUGUCUGUUGUCUGUCACAUAUGAACUGAAUAUAUUUACUGACUAGUGAAUAUACACCUUAUUUUAGUAGAACCAAUUACUAGAUUGAAAUACGAGUUUGAAAUCUCAUAUUGUAACAAUCACUAUUUAAUGUUGCUUCAUUUCAUUCAGGAACUAUUAUGAGUAGGUAUAUAGAGCCGGUCUGAGGCCAGAUGUGUAAUAUUUGUUCAUAGAAUAUGGCAACACUAUUUACUGUUAAAUUCAAAAUAUGUCUAAAUGAACUUGGGCAAUAAGUUUGAGAAACUGCACAUAUAGAGUGAGGAAACAAAACAUUUCUGCUAUUACAUAGCUAUAUGUUUGGAGUGCAUUUCUGAAGUUACAAAAUAAAAGGCAAAAAGUGUCAUUUGUAUUGGUAAAAUCAUCAGUUGCAAUGGCUGUCAUACAUAGCUGACUAUAUACAAUGUUUGGGAGGAAUUCUUUUUGUGAAAUUUCGGUUUUAUGUUAGAAAAUACAGAUAAAGAGACUAUUUUCAUCAAAUUGCACUGUGAAAUGUAUUUAUUUGUAUAUAGUUCUAGAAUUUAUGUCUGAACUCCAAGCUAAAAUGGGUGUACAUAGUAUAUUGAUAUGAUAAUUGUUAAUACACAACAAAGGACAGUUAAAUGUCAUACAGUGGGGCAAAAAAGUAUUU